GCAGAUAUUUUGAAGAUAGCUCUUAUCUCAUUUGAUAGCAUGAUAGUGCACGGAUGAGACUGCAAUUUCAAAUAAAUAUAUACAUGUGGAUACUAGUAGCACAAACACAAAAGUUGCAAACAUGUUGCGCGACGUUCUUUUAGAUAUUAUGUUUGGCUGUAGUCACUCAGCGCUUCUCAUUGGUUCAACAGUGAUUGCCUUGGCAACAAUCCUUUUUAUAAAAAGCAAUGCCAGGAGAAAAAGAGUGAGAAGCAAUCGAUGCAAAGUGGCGAAGCAGUGCGUCAAAUAUAAGAAAACUAUAUCGACAGUAGCUGAAAGAAUAACGGAGAAAAAAUUUUCCCCAGAGCAGGUAGAUUCGAUUACUGAGUUAUCAUUAUCAGAGCUUGUCGCCAGUUUGAAGAACGGUCGCCUAAAAGCAGUGGACGUGUUAAAUGCAUAUCAAUCAAAGGCAAUAGAACAAAAUGAGCAGUAUAAUUUCAUCACAACAUUUUUGGAAGAAGCUGAGGAUGCAGCAUUAGCCCUAGAUGAAUCUGACAAACCAAAAGGGAUGUUACAUGGAGUGCCUGUUUCUUUAAAAGAUUUCUUUACUGUGAAGGGCUAUGACACCACCCUUGGCAUGGCCAGGUAUGUUGACAGCCCAUGGGCAGAAGAUUGUGUGGUUGUCAAGGUCCUCAAGUACCAGGGUGCAAUUCCCUUUAUGAAGACAAAUAUCCCCCAAACCAACUUACACUUUGACUGCUCAAAUCCUAUAUUUGGACGAACUCUAAACCCUUGGUCAAAACAGCGGACUCCAGGCGGAUCGUCAGGAGGUGAAGCAGCAGCCAUUGCUGCUGGGAGCUCUAUUGUUGGGAUGGGAAGUGAUAUUGGUGGAAGCAUCAGAAUUCCAGCUCACUUCUGUGGAAUAUGUGGGAUAAAGCCAACUGUGGGUAGAAUAAGUAAAAAGGGACUUCAUAUGUUCAAAGGAGAAAAUUUGUUGGCUGCAUCCAUGGGACCGAUGGGCAGAGAUGUGGAUAGCGUGGCAACCAUGAUGAAAGCCUUGCUAGUACCCUAUAUGUUUGAACUGGAUCCAAUGACCCCACCAUUAACUUUUAAUACAGAGGAAUAUGAAAGUAACCGUCCACUGAAGAUAGGCUUCUACUUGGAGGAUGACUGGUCAGUGCCAAUCCCAGCAUGCAACAGAGCUGUUGAAUUGGCAGUUGCCACAUUAAAGAGUCAGGGACAUGAGGUGGUUCCAUACAGUCCAACCAGAGCACAGGAGAUGUACUUGGACUACUAUAUGAGAUUUUGCAUGGCUGAUGGGGGUCAGGAACUUCUAAAAUCUCUAGAAGAUGAACCUGUAUUUGACCCUACCAUUAAAGGCCAAGUUUCAGUGCUAAAGCUACCAAAAAUCUUACGUACUACACUGGCAAUACUACUGAAACCCAUGAUGCCACUUCUGAGCAGAAUGAUUUUAUGUCUAAAUGGAUUCAGGUCGAUCAAAGACAUGAAUGAGAAAAAAUGUGACAUCCAGGAGUGGCAGUUGAAGAUUCUGCAGGAUUGGGAGAGGCUUGGUCUAGAUGCUGUUGUAUGCCCAGUUGCUCCUUGUGUGGCUGUACUGAAUGGCUACCCAGCAAAGUGCCUCGGUGCUCUAAGCUACACAGCAUAUUACAAUUUAGCAGACUUUCCAGCUGGUGUGGUGCCAGUGACCACAGUGACAGCAGAGGAUGAUCAAAAUCUCAAGUCUUACUACAAUUAUGAUGUUCUUUGGAUGAAAAACAUGAAAAUGGGUUGUGUUGAUGCCAUUGGCCUUCCUGUUGGAGUGCAGUGUGUUACAAAGCCUUGGCAUGAAGAGUUAUGCUUGAGAGUUAUGAGGGAUGUAGAAAAUGGACUGAAAAAAGAUUAAUCAGUCAGAUGUUUUCGGUAAUAUUAUAGAAAACAUCUGCUGCAGCGAUCCAAGUGGGAAAAGACCCAGAUUAUUCAUUACGAGUGACCAAACAAUGAUCAUAAUCUUUGCUGACAAACAUUGAAAUUUGAGAGAGAGAGAGACUGAGAACAUGAAAUUCAUCUGUUGUGAUAAUUUGUGGCACUUGCACAGUUUUACUCUCAAGGGGUGCUUCUAGAAUGUAACUGCUUACAGUGGUUUUAAGGAUGUUUCUCUAAAAAUUAAUUUCAAUGUGAAAAUUAAUUUCCUAUGUGAAAGA